AUGGAGAUCAGCACCGAGAGCCCAGGGGCCCCUGCGAAGCUGGGAUUGUCCUUCUCUAUCGAGUCCAUCCUCCGGAAGCCCUCGGGGCAGCGUGAGGCCCCACCUGAGCCCCCUCAGGAGCAGCCCCAGGGUGACUCUCUGAAGUCUCAGCUCCCAACAGCCCAGCUAGAGGCACCUCCCCUUCCCAGCCCUCAGGAGGAGAGGAGAGCCCGGCGCAGGGCCCGCACCACCUUCACUCCGGAGCAGCUGCAGGAGCUAGAGAAGAUCUUCCACCUCACCCACUACCCUGACAUCCACACCCGCAGCCAGCUGGCUGCCAGGAUCAACCUGCCAGAGGCCCGGGUGCAGAUCUGGUUCCAGAAUCAGCGUGCCAAGUGGCGGAAGCGAGAGAAGACGGGGACCCUGCAGCAGCCAGGCCAGGCUGCCUCGGCCCUGCCGCCAAACCUGGAUGUGGCUGGCCCUGCACUGACAACAUCCACGCUGCUCGGCCCGGCCUCUGCACCUCGCCGCUCCCCACUCACCCCUGCCUGGGCCCCCACAACGGUCACCCUCCUGCUGCAGCAUUCUUGGGAGAUGCAGACCACGCCGAGAGCCCUUGUCCAGCAGACCUGCCUGCCCGACCUCUGUGUUCUGCCACCUGUGCCUCCCAGGUGGGACAGUGCCUGUGCCACUUCAACUUAG